AUGGAAAAAUGUAACCAGCCUCGCAAACGGUUGUGUACGAUUGCAGCAAAAUCCAAUACGACGACGAAUCAGCAAUCAGCGAUUUCUUCUUCGUCCGAAAUGGGGACAGACGCUGAAGACCAAGAUGCAGUUCUGACCAUAGCCGAGCUGGAGGCUGCCGCGGUUCGAAGUCGUUUACCUCACGCCAGCCUGUCAAAGGUAGAACAAGAUGUAUUCAAGGAAAUCGGCGCUGUCGUCUCUCCUCUGCAGUCACGUUACUUAUUUCUGCGGAACAGCGUCCUAGCGUUGUGGUUGCGAAAACCGGACGAAAAGUUAAUUUUUAACACUUGUAUCACGUCAAUCCAGGAUGGCACGAAGGAUGCAAAUCUCAUACGUCGGAUACAUAGAUUUCUGGAGCGAUACGGGUAUAUCAAUUUCGGAAUCUACACGAGCAUGACGUUUGCGCCGAAGAUGAACCGACGAAUUAUCGUCAUCGGGGCUGGUAUCGCCGGACUGAUUGCGGCGCGGCAGAUGGAUACGUUUGGUUUCGACGUCACAGUAUUGGAAGCCAGGAAUCGACCCGGAGGCCGAAUCUCUACAUACAUGAACGACGGAAUGAUCGCUGAUCUCGGUGCAAUGGUCGUCACCGGAGCAGUUGGAAACCCGUUAAUGGUUAUCGCUAAACAGAUUCACUUAGAUCUGAAGCCUAUCAGUGCUUUAUGCCCACUUUACGAUUACCGUGGACACUUGGUCCGGAAAGACGUCGAUGAAUCGGCCGAAAGGCUGUUUAAUAAACUGCUUGACGCAUGCGCCUACUUAGGACAUUCCCAGAAUCUCGAAAGCGUUGCUGGUCGAAAAUUAAGCCUUGGAGAAAUCUUCGACUUCGUUUUGCUUAUAGUGUGUUUUAAGCGUCACGAGCAGGAAAACAACGCAUAA